UGACGCCUCCUUCUUCUGUGGAUCAUGGCUGCUUUGCUCCGUAGCUUGUUCCCUGGAAGCCGACGCGGGAUUCCGGUGCUGUCUCAAAGUAGCCGAUGGUGCUGGAGCUCGGGGGUUCCGGUGGAUGACACGGUUAAUGGGCUAAACGAUGACCAGAAACAAUUACGACACACAUUGCGCAGGUUCCUUGAAGAUCAGCUGGCCCCUAAAGCUCAUGAAAUUGAUCAGAAGAAUGAUUUUAAGGACAUGAGGGACUUUUGGAAGAAGCUAGGAAAUCUGGGCGUUCUUGGCAUAACUGCUCCAGUUGAGUAUGGAGGAUCUGGCAUGGGGUACCUGGAUAAUGUCCUAGUGAUGGAGGAAAUAUCUCGUGCUUCUGGGGCUGUCGGUCUGAGCUAUGGAGCCCAUUCUAACCUGUGUGUUAACCAGAUUGUUCGCAAUGGAAGCGAAGCACAGAAAGAGAAGUAUUUACCUAAGCUGAUCAGCGGUGAACACAUAGGAGCCCUGGCUAUGAGUGAGGCCAACUCUGGUUCAGAUGUAGUUUCCAUGAAGUUAAAGGCUGAGAAGAAAGGGGAUUAUUAUGUUCUGAACGGCAGCAAGUUUUGGAUCACCAAUGGACCUGAUGCUGACGUGCUGGUUGUUUAUGCCAAGACAGACCCUUCAGCCCAGCCAGUUUCGCGUGGAAUUACUGCUUUUGUGGUGGAGAAGGGAAUGCCCGGGUUUAGUACUGCUCAGAAGUUGGACAAGUUGGGUAUGAGAGGGUCUAACACCUGUGAACUUGUUUUUGAGGACUGCAAGGUCCCUGAGAAAAACAUCCUGGGCCAUAUUGGUAAAGGAGUCUAUGUUCUAAUGAGUGGGCUGGAUCUGGAGCGGCUCGUGCUCAGUGGAGGUCCACUGGGACUUAUGCAGGCAACAGUAGACCACGCCUUCCCAUACAUGCACACCAGAGAUGCAUUUGGUCAGAAAAUUGCCCAGUUCCAGCUGAUGCAGGGGAAGAUGGCAGAUAUGUACACCCGGCUUGUAGCAUGUCGCCAGUAUGUCUAUAAUGUGGCAAAGGCUUGUGACCAGGGACAUGUCAACUCCAUGGAUUGUGCUGGGGUUAUCCUGUAUGCAGCAGAAAGUGCCACUCAACUUGCCCUGGAUGGUAUUCAGUGUCUAGGGGGAAAUGGAUACAUCAAUGAUUAUCCCAUGGGUCGUUUCCUUCGAGAUGCCAAACUGUAUGAAAUCGGUGCAGGAACCAGUGAAGUUCGGAGAUUAGUAAUUGGUCGAGCCUUUAAUGCCAUGUACAAAUAGCCUGGGAUUGAAACACGCCUACAGAUUGAGGCAGGAGGUCAGACAAUCCUCUACAUCAUGUGAAGAAAGUCUCAUUGGUUUGUUUUUAACCCCCUUCAAUGCAUAAAGGGGCUAUCAAAGCACAACAGACAAGUACAGGAUUACGGCACUGAAUGAAUGAAUCAUACUUGCAGGGAAAUGUUCUGAACAAAAUAGUGCAAUCUGCUCUAUGAGGUGUUGGUGUAUGGGCUUUAUUAUUGAAUGUAAAAUUCAAGAAAAUACUCAAUUUCACAUGUUUGAGUCAGUGCGAUCUCAAGCCUGAACUGUUGUUAAUCCUGUGCAGGAUUGUUUAAAUCAUAAAGUAGCACUUACACAGACGCACAGCAAUGGCUAACACAUUUCCUAUGGAAAGUACUUAUUUCAGCCAUGUAGGUAAAGCUAUCCGCUUUGUUCUCUUUUUGGCUGAGCUACUUUCUUGGUGUAUGUGGCUGAGAUCAAUACUUGAAAUAAAAACUGCUGUAGUUUCAAAUCGACUCAGAAGAUAAAUUUCAGAACCGUAAAAGGACACUAAAGCCUUUUUUAUAUACAGUAUGUAUCAACAAUUUAGUACUACAUUGUAAAAGAUCUGCAUAAAAAUAAAUGUUUUAAAAUAUCUUUAAUAUAAAA